CGCAGCUUCGUCCAUUUGGCUACGACCAAAUCAUGUAUAUCAAAUAGUUAGAAGUCGAAACCUGUAACGUAAUUUUUGAUUGACCAAUUAAGCGUAAUUUUCCAGCCAUUUUUCAAAAUCAAAAUGUCACUAAUGUCGAGUCGGGCCUGUGGCUGUCUUAUUGUUCCUCAAAAUGGAGUCGCGGAUGGAGAAUUUUUCAGAUCAAUGUACCGUACCACGCAGGUCGCCAUGGGCUCCACAACGGAUUCUCAGAACCGGAAUGUUACGUCCAGCGAUGGCCAGAAACGGCCAAAGAAGCUGGAAGUGACUUCGCUGAAUGGAUACCCAUCAAAAGAUUUUCGGGAGCACAGCGAAGACGUCGAGGACGGUUCCUUGCCGUGCACUCCGGAGUCACAUUCGGACAGUGAAAUAAACGUCUCUGGUGGUCACGCUGGGGAUGAAGUCGUGGAGAACGACACGAGGCAACUUAUUAGCAGUUGCUACAGAGAUCUUACUGGACUUUCAAAACCUCGGUGGAAUGAAAGCAAAGAACUAGCAACAAUGAAGAGAGUGAUUAGGGACGUUUUGGAGAAACACAAAUUCGCAUACAAUGGUAUGAUCAACAAACUGUCAUUGAGCACAAAAGACGAUGAUAUGACGUGUAUUGGCGAAGUAGCGAGGAGUCUCUUCGCUGACGGGUCCACCAACUGGGGUCGUAUCGCCAGCUUGGUGGCCUUCGGGGCAGUGGUGUGUCAGCACCUGAAAGCAAAUGGCAGGGAGAACUGCGUUGAACUGGUCAGCCAGGAGAUUUCCUCAUACCUGCUGACAGACCAGCGGGACUGGCUGGUCAAAAACAACUCAUGGGAUGGUUUUGUAGAUUUCUUUCGAGUUGCAGACCCUGAAACAACAGUCAGGAACACUCUCAUGGCCGUUGCUGGAGUUGCUGGUAUUGGGGCAACAUUGGCCCUGCUGAUCAGGUGAAUUUGUUGGGACUAUCAGUGACUUUUCGGACACUUAUUCUUCUUACCAACUUCUACUUGUCCUUGGAUUUUGGAAUAUGAACACUGAACCUUUCAACAAAUAUCAAAAUAAUGGGCCCUUUCAUCUUUUCCACAAACCAUAUGAAAAAAUGAAAAAUAUUUUAUUUAAUAAAUUUUAUUUUUCUAAAAAAAAAAAAAUGUAAAUGCUUCUUCUAUGCAAAUUUCAAUAGCUGACUUUUUUUCCACUUUGUGUUUUCUGAUUUUAAUAUAAUCACCAAAUCUCUGGUAGCAUCAACAGGCCAAAGCAGGAAGAGAAAAUGUUUUCCAUUUCAUGUAGACAUGAAGCUCAUUUGCAUAAUGUCCAUUCACAACCCUUGGACUCUUUUGAUGGAUAUUCCAACCAAAUAAUUGGUAGAAAGGGUUGAUCUGCAUGUGUAGAACUUCCUUGCUAUGAUUGGAUCUGGGUCUGGAUAAAAGGCCAACCAUACGGUGGACUCUGGCUGACAAGAUCCGCUUCAAUGACCGUCUUCUGGGAUUUUUUAGGAAAUGGACAAUGAUUUGGAGUUUAGAUCCAGGUGUAAGCUAGACACAUGCACAUCAGAUAGAUUUAAAUAACAUGUUCAGGGAGAUUUAGCAGAACACAUUAUGCUAUGUUUUGACACCUUUGCACUUGUUAACCUCUGCUUAUCCAUUACCACAACUCAGACUGCAGUAGCUGUUUCCUAGAAAUUUGAUGAUUGUGGCAGCACCUCUGUCACACAGAGCGUUCUGUUGCAUCCGCAGUUGAGCAAGUUGCAGUGUUAACAUGUUAUUUCUGCAAACUGGUGCACCAACUUGAACUGGUGUAUAAAAACCUCAAACUUGCAUAACAGUGUCGUCUUCCUGGUUUUGCAACCAUCAGCUACCUAGAAACUAGUGAUUAAAUCAUAAAUGCCAUAUAUGAUUGGGUGUGUUAUUCUUUGUUUUGAAAUUUUGCACAUCUUAAGUUUGUCAUUUACAAAGUUCUACAAUCCACUUGCCUAAAGUUCACUCUGUUCUACUGUCAUAUUACUUGCAUCCUCCAUCUGCAAAUGUUAUAAUGUUCAUGCAUUGUUAAAAAACUAAAUCUCUUAUGUGGACAAUAUCAAAUCUCAUGCAGGGGAGUUUUUGGUGAUGUGUGGCUUCACCCUUGUUUUGUUCAGAUUCUGCUGUUGUCUUAGGUUACAACACAAACACAACUCAUCAAAGUCUUUGGAGGAAAUGGAGAGAAUCCUCUCUAUGGUGAUGGUGCACAGUAGACUUCUCUUUAACCUGCAGCUAAUGAUGUUAGCCACCACCUUGGUUACCCCUGUACAGUGUGAGAACAGCCUGGUACACCAUGGGGAAUUGUGGCUGAGGCAAUUUUAUAGAACAGCUUGCACCAUCCACUGAGAGGAUUGGAGGAUGCAGAAAGCACAUGAGGCGGCAGUGUCUAGGGGCUGAAUAUGUAAAGCGCACAGUCUUUAAACAACCUUGAUGUUGCAUCUAGGUUGUUAAAUAUAUUGUAUGCAUAACCACUUUUUUAUUUGUUUUCUCCAGGUCUAAGUAUUGAUUAAAUAUUUUCCUGUAAUGUU